CUUUUGGAUUGAACUGCGCUCACCUCACUUGCAUGUAAGACAAAUAUGGAUAGAAAUUGCAUUGGAACUACAGUGAUGUGACAGUGUAGCUGUCCUCGUUAAAAAUGGCAGCAGUUCCUGGAGUGAGAGCCCUCCUCUGCCUCCAUCGAUCAGUAAUUCUGCAGCGCAGCUUUGGGCUUGUUCCAGUACAGUUAGCAUCAACCUGCCUUUCCAGGAGGCUUUGCAGUGCUACUACGAGAAAUAAUGAACCAAAGCCACCGGUGGCAUCAGAGAAUGAAUCUCUGCUUGAGAAUCUGAAUCUUAUGGGAGUGGAUGUGAUGAUGGCACGCAAGCGGCAGCCUGGGGUCUUUCGUAAAUCCUUCACCAAUGAGCAUGGCCUCGCUCAGUUUCUGAAGGGAAAAGGUGCCAGCCCCAAAGUCAUCGCCAGCAUCAUAUCCCGUUAUCCCCGUGCCAUCACCCGCUCCAUUGAUCACUUGGAACAACGCUGGAAGCUGUGGAGAAACAUCUUCUGCACAGAUGCAGAAAUUGUGAGCAUCUUGGCUCGCUCUCCCGAGUCUUUCUUCCGCUCCAGUGACAAUGAAAACCUGGAGAAGAACGUACAUUUUCUGAUCUCACUAGGACUGAUCAGCAAAGACCUUCAUCGACUGCUGACCACAGCGCCGCGGACGUUCUCCAACAGCUUAGAGCUCAACAAGCAGAUGGUGGAGCUUCUAGAAGACAUCUGCACAGAGCUUGGUGGGCAAAAUCCAGAGCAGUUUGUAAAAACGAUCAUAUCCAGAAACCUCUAUAUUCUCAUUAGAAGCACUAAGAGAGUUAAGAGCAACAUAGAUACCCUGAGAUCUGCUCUGAAGUUAACUGAUUCAGAACUGCUGGCUCUUCUUGAAGGCCAUGGAGCAUCAAUUCUGGACCUUUCCAAUGAGUAUCUGAAGAAAAACUUUAUCAACCUUCAGCAGAAAAUGAUCUCACAUGGCUGUCGAAAAUCUGACAUCAAAAAAAUGAUUAUCAGCUAUCCAAUAAUUCUCUACAUCGGGCCAGAAACACUGAACGCUAAGCUAGAUUGCCUCCUGAAAGGAGGAAUAACAAUAAAGCAGAUACUGGAGAAGCCCAAGGUUUUGGACUACAGCACACAGAACAUUGCAGGGCGACUGGAGGAACUGCAGAGAGUGGGAUAUGACUUCAAGAAGAAUGGCAUCAACAUCUUGGACACGAGCCGAAAGCGUUUUGAUGCAAAGAUAGAAAAGCUUGCUGCUUCACUAGAUAGCUGAAUGUAUCUGCCUUUAUUGUGAUGUUAGAUGACACUGGAUGCUGUUUUUCUCUGAUCUUGACCUCAGAAUAAUCACAUUUCAUUUUGUAAGUCCUUCUCCAUACAAUGAAUUGACAAUAAUAGGAUUUUUUGUUCAAAUAUACCUAGUAGGGCUGCAGUCAUUAUUUCGUCAUAGAUAAAUCAGCAGGUUAUAUUUUAUGUCUUGAAGAUUCGUUUGCUCAUCACAUGAAGUCUUUAAAUUUCCUUUUUUGUACAAAGCAAUGAUCCAAAAACCCCAAGUAUUCAAUCAACCCUCACAUAUAACUGUAAAAGCAGCCAAUCCACACAAUGCAGAAACUAUAACUGGUAAAUUAUUAGUACUCGAAAAGGUCUUAGUUUAUCAACAAUUCUGCUGCUGCCGCUUUUUUGUGAAUUGACUAAUUGAAUAAUGAACUUGUUGUUUCAGCUGAAAUAUAAAGUGUUUAUUGACAAGAAUGUUGGUUUUUAAACACAGAUCCUUUAUGUGCACAUGUAUUACUCAGAGAGAAAUCCUUGCAGAGAACUGUACUUGGAUUUCAUGUGAAGUUGUGAAGUAAACGAAGCAUCCAAAAAUUGCACAUCUUUCUGCAAGCUUCUUUCACAGUGCUCAAAUGCAUUUGACAUUAUUGAUGUGAUAAGGCAGCAACUUCCUUUUAAAUGUCUUCUUAAAACCCACUUUUAAAGACUGGCCUUCAAGUAAAGUUCUCUUUUAUUUCUCUUUUAUCACUCUCUGUCUUUUUAUCCCAUUUAAAUUUUUUUCACUGCUUGUAGCCCCUUAUUCUAACCUCCUGAUCUUAAUCUUUUUCUAUCUUUUAUUUUCUUUGAAGAUUCUCUCUAAACCCUCUUGUGCAAUCUUGUCCUUUUAAACAGUUUUUAAUUAGCAAUCCAUUCUGUACAUUUUUUUGUGUCCUACCUGUCAAAGUACUUUGUGAAUGUUCUUAGAGGUGCUAUUAUUACGUUGCUAUUAUUUUUCUAAGCAAUGCAGAAGAUGUAUUUUGGUGUGAUAUGCAUUUUGAAAUUCCGGAGGAUAUUUUUUAUGUUAAAUCCCUGAGCUUUACACCGAUUGAAGCUUCAGUUGAAGAUCUGGAGAGGUAUUAAAUUAUGCGGAACGAAUGUUCGCCAGCGUGUUUCCCGCGAGCCCCUCUACGCCGGCACUGCGGUCAAGCCAGCCAGCCGCCUCUCGUUUCUCCGUAGUCAAGCCAGCCGCUCCUACAUUUUCAGUGCGCUCUUAUCUUCAGCUUACGGUAAAUGCACGACCGCGCAUCAACUAUUUCCGGUUUAAAAAAUAAAGCGCUGCAUUCGCAGAUGUAUUAUACAAGGAUGUUUUAAGUAACUGACUCAGCUUAACUGUUAACUAUCGAAUUGUACGGCUAAUAUUUACACUAAAUAAAUAGCUUGAAGUAUAAGAAGCUGAAAACUUGUUUAUCUGUCUGUCUGUCUGUCUUAAAAAUUGUGAAUUCAAAUAAAAAGUGAUGUGUGUCAUCCCA